AUGCGUGUAUAUACACGCGUCUUUUUGCAUGCAUCUCUGGCAACAAAAUCCAAUUUGAAUUGUUCGCCUCUCUCUUUGCAUUCCCCAGCAGGCGAAGAGCUUACGUUGUCCGUCCGACGGCCCGAGCAUCGCGAGAUCUCCCUCGUGAGGGAAGGCAACAGCUUGGGAGUCAAGCUGCAUUACAAGAAAUCAUCCCGAGGAGUCGUGAUCAACGAGAUCCUCCCGGAUGGUCUCUUGAAGAAUUGGAACGAUGCCCAUCCGUCUUCGAGAAUAGUGCCUGGGGACCGGAUCCUGGCAAUUGGUGGCGCAACGUCGGGAGCAGAGGACAUGACAAAGAUGUUGUCCACGGACGACAAACUGGACCUCACGAUCCUGCACUAUGGCCAGGCAAUGCAGGAGCACAGCUUUCGACGGCACGCCAGCGAAAAGCAGCCCAAAGCGUCUCCGGCACAUCUUCAGGGAUUGCGAAACAAUGUACUUCAUUUCGCAAACCGCGGGCGUCGUCUGGACCUCCACGACGCUCUGGCUCAGCUCGACGGUGAAGUGGAGACUUCGGCGGCCGAGGCCUCGCGCUGCUUCGAAGCUGCCAAGGCCAAACUGGAGGUGGCCAUUGCGAAGGUCCUUGCCGAUGCUGGCCGUGAGGGCCGUGGCAAGCCGGACGGUCAGGCAAAGGCCGUUACGCCGCUGGGCUGGGUGGAGAAGGCGCUGCGGGAUCUUGCCCAGGAGGUGGAUCCACAGAAGCAUCGCCGUGGCGGCGGCUUCAAUGCCGGGUGGGUAGCGGAAACCUUCGCCAAGUUGGUUGGGGGCACGCCCGUGACUCCGCGAGGAACCUGCCGGGCCGAUGCCCUGCUCCAGCCAGCUCCUGCUGCCUGGGAGCACCCGCAGGGCAAGGUGGGUGGCUGGGUGGAUGAGGCCUUUGUCGCCCUGAUGGAUGAUUGCAAGCUCAAGGAACUUCCGUCCAGGAGCCUUUGUGAAGGUGUGGGUGCCUUGCAGAGGCUGAAGUCGCUUGGAGGAUGGGCUUGGGUGGCCUUCGCCUAG